GAGGAGGGCGCCUGCGCACUGUGGGGGGAAGUGACGUAACGUGGGGCGCCUCAGUCUUCUCCCCUUCGCUGGUCUUAGUACCUGGAAGAGGGGCCCACGGAUUUCAUCGUGUCAUACGGAAAGAUCAAGACGGGGAAGGAGACGCUCGGCUGUUGAGAAAUCACACAUAUAUUCAAAAUGAACAUGUCUGAUUUUGUGGAGAGUGAAGCCGAGGAGUCUGAGGGAGACUACAAUGAGGAUGGAGACGUUGUACAGAGACCUACCAAGAAGUUUGUAGAAGAUGAUGAUGAUGAUGAAGAGGAGGAGGAGGAAAACCCAGAGGACCAAGAUGAACAAGGAAAUUUGAAAGGUUUUAUUAACGAUGAUGAUGAUGAUGAAGACGAGGAGGAAGAGGAGGAUGGGGGGGGGGCAAGAAGUGGUUCUGAAGGAUCAGAGGCUGAAGUUGUUCACAAGCCAAAGAAACGCCCAUUCGAUGACAGACUGGAAGAUGAUGAUUUUGAUCUAAUUGAGGAGAACUUGGGUGUGAAAGUCAAACGUCAAAAGUUCAGACGUGUGCGAAAGAUGUCCGAAGACGAGGAUGAGGAAGAAGAUGCAGGAAGGGAGGAGCAUGAGAAGGAAGUCAUUGCUGGAGAAAUCUUUGAAGAGGGAGAUGAUGAGGGGAGGCAUGAGGGGAGGCACGAGUCUGCUGACCAGCCACUUAUAGAUGGUGAUGGAGAGGAAGAGGAUGAUGAUGAAGAGUCUGACAUUGACGACUUUAUUGUUGAUGAUGAUGGACAACCGAUAAAAAAACCUAAAUGGAGAAAGAAGCUUCCGGGAUAUACUGAUGCUGCUUUGCAGGAAGCCCAGGAGAUCUUCGGUGUGGACUUUGAUUUUGAGGAUCUUGAAAAGUACAAUGAGGAAGAUGAAGAAAUGGAGGAGUAUGAAUAUGAAGAUGAGGAAGCAGAUGGAGAAGUGCGUGUUCGCCCCAAGAAAACUGCCAAAAAGCGCGUGAGCAGGCGAAGCAUUUUUGAAAUCUAUGAACCUAGUGAACUGGAGAGUAGCCACUUGACUGAUCAAGACAACGAGAUCCGAUCAACAGAUCUCCCAGAAAGAUUCCAGCUACGUACCAUUCCAGUUAAAUCUGCUGAAGAGGAUGAGUUGGAAGAAGAGGCUGAAUGGAUUUACAGAAAUGCAUUUUCUACACCAACAAUCUCUCAACAGGAGAACUGGGAUUACCUGGAACGUGGACAAGUUACUGCUAGUUUUAGCCGCAAAGGACCUAGCACUAUACAGAAAAUCAGAGAGGCGCUUAAUUUCAUGAGGAAUCAACACUUUGAGGUACCCUUUAUUGCAUUUUACAGAAAAGAAUAUGUGGAACCGGAGCUCAAUAUUAAUGAUUUAUGGCGAGUCUGGCAAUGGGAUGAGAAGUGGACCCAACUUAAAUUGAGAAAGCAGAAUCUGAUGCGUCUGUUCCAGAAAAUGCAGGCUUAUCAGUAUGAGCAGAUCUCUGCGGAUCCAGAUAAGCCACUCGCUGAUGAGAUAAGACCUCUGGAUAUUGCAGACAUGGAUAGGCUGAAAGAUGUCCGAUCAAUGGAUGAAUUGAAAGACGUGUAUAACCACUUCCUACUGUACUAUGGGAGAGACAUUCCAAAGAUGCAAAAUGCAGCCAAGGCCACACAGAAAAAGAUGAAACGCAUCCCUGAAGAAGGAGAGGAGGAAGGGGCUGAGCCUGUAGAACAAGAAGAGGAGGAGCAGAAGGGACCAGAGUUGAAGCAGGCUUCCCGUAGAGAUAUGUAUUCUAUCUGCCAAGGAGCUGGUCUUGAUGGCUUGGCAAAGAAGUUUGGUCUUACACCAGAACAGUUUGGAGAAAACCUGCGAGACAGUUACCAGAGGCACGAGACUGAGCAGUUUCCAGCUGAGCCUCUAGAGCUUGCCAAAGAUUAUGUGUGCAGUCAGUUCACAACGCCUGAGGCAGUGCUGGAGGGGGCCCGUUAUAUGGUUGCACUGCAGAUUGCCAGAGAACCUUUAGUUAGACAAGUCCUGAGGCAGACCUUCCAGGAAAGGGGAAAAAUCAAUGUUGUGCCAUCCAAGAAAGGCAGAAAGGAAGUGGAUGAAGCCCAUUAUGCAUAUGCUUUUAAGUAUCUGAAAAAUAAACUUGUGAAGGAGCUUCGGGAUGAUCAGUUUCUAAAGAUGUGCAUUGCAGAAGAAGAGGGUUUAAUUUCCAUUGAGAUCAACAUAGAUAUGAAGGAUGUUGAGGGUUUUGGAAAUGAGCAGACCUAUUUUGAGGAGAUCAAGCAAUUCUAUUACAGAGAUGAGUUCAGUCACCAGGUUCAGGAGUGGAACAGACAGCGCACACUGGCCAUUGAAAGGGGCCUAAAGCAGUUCAUUUACCCUCAAAUGGGUAAAGAGUUGAAAAGUAAACUUCUCCUGGAGGCCAAAGAAUAUGUUAUUAAGGCAUGUAGCCGUAAAAUGUACAACUGGUUGAAGGUAGCCGCAUAUCGGCCAGAUCAACAAGUGGAGGAAGAUGAUGAUUUCAUGGAGGAUAACCAAGGGAAAGGAAUCCGUGUUUUGGGUGUAGCUUUUUCUUCAGCAAGGGACCACCCUGUUUUUUGCUCUCUAAUUAAUGGGGAAGGUGAGGUCACUGACUUCCUGCGCUUGCCGUACUUUACAAAGCGGAAGAAUGCUUGGCGUGAGGAGGAGCGAGAGCGUAAGGCUACGGACAUGGAGAGUCUAAAAAAAUUUUUGAUUAGCAAGAAACCUCAUGUUGUUGCCAUUGCUAGUGAGAAUCGAGAUGCACAGAUGAUGAUUGAAGAUGUUAAACGAAUUGUUCAUGAGCUGGAGCAAGCACAGCAGAUGUCUUCUAUUGGGGUGGAGAUGGUUGAUAAUGAGCUAGCUGUUUUAUAUAUGAACAGUAAAAAAUCAGAGAGUGAUUUCCGGGACUAUCCCCCAAUUUUACGCCAAGCGGUUUCUAUUGCUCGCCGUGUCCAGGAUCCUCUGAUUGAAUUUUCCCAAGUCUGCAGCACUGAUGAUGAUAUCCUUUGUCUGAAACUUCACCCAUUGCAGGAUCAAGUAGUGAAAGAGGAUCUGCUGAACUCCCUUUAUUGUGAAUUCAUCAACCGAGUCAAUGAGGUUGGAGUGGAUGUUAACAAAGCCAUUUCUCACCCAUACACACAGUCCCUGAUCCAGUAUGUGUGUGGCCUUGGACCACGUAAAGGCACUCAUUUACUGAAGAUUCUCAAGCAAAACAAUACACGUCUAGAAAAUCGUACCCAGCUGGUAACAAUGUGCCAUAUGGGUCCCAAAGUUUUCAUCAACUGCGCUGGCUUCAUCAAGAUAGACACAAACUCUCUUGGUGAUAGUACGGAUUCCUAUAUUGAAGUAUUGGAUGGCUCGCGAGUGCACCCUGAAACCUAUGAAUGGGCACGCAAAAUGGCAGUUGAUGCUUUAGAGUAUGACGAGUCUGCUGAAGAUGCCAACCCUGCUGGAGCUCUAGAAGAGAUUCUAGAAAAUCCCGAGAGGCUGAAGGAUCUGGACUUGGAUGCAUUUGCUGAAGAACUUGAGAGACAGGGUUAUGGCGAUAAACAUAUCACAUUGUAUGAUAUUCGAGCUGAGCUUAGCUGCAGGUACAAAGACCUUCGAACGCCUUACAGGUCAGCUAACCCAGAGGAGGUCUUUAACAUGCUGACCAAAGAAACACCAGAGACGUUCUACAUAGGUAAAUUGAUCACCUGUAAUGUUAUUGGUAUUGCACAUAGACGACCUCAAGGAGAAAGUUACGACCAAGCUAUCAGGAAUGAUGAGACAGGACUUUGGCAGUGUCCAUUUUGCCAACAAGAUAAUUUCCCAGAGCUUAGUGAGGUAUGGAAUCAUUUUGACAGCGGCUCUUGCCCUGGUCAGGCUGUUGGUGUUAAAGCCCGUCUAGACAAUGGUGUGACUGGCUUCAUUCCAACAAAAUUUAUUAGUGAUAAAGUAGUUAAACGACCCGAAGAAAGAGUAAAGGUAGGCAUGACUGUCCAUUGUCGGAUAAUGAAAAUCAACAUUGAGAAAUUUAGUGUGGACAUGACAUGCCGAACCUCAGAUCUGUCGGACAAAAACAAUGAGUGGAAGUUACCCAAGGACACUUACUAUGACUUUGACACAGAGGCUACACAUCUCAAACAAGAUGAAGAGCUGAGAAAGAAACAGCAGCGUACAACUUACAUAAAGCGUGUCAUCGCACAUCCCUCUUUCCACAAUAUUAACUUCAAGCAAGCUGAAAAGAUGAUGGAGACAAUGGACCAGGGUGAUGUCAUUAUUCGACCAAGCAGUAAGGGGGAGAAUCAUCUAACAGUCACAUGGAAGGUUAGCGAAGGUAUUUACCAACAUGUGGAUGUACGAGAGGAAGGGAAGGAGAAUGCAUUCAGUCUGGGAUCAACGCUGUGGAUUAACACUGAGGAGUUUGAAGACUUGGACGAAAUUAUUGCUCGAUUUGUGCAGCCCAUGGCAUCUUUUGCAAGAGAUCUUAUAAACCAUAAAUAUUAUCAGGAUUGUGAAGAUAAAAAGAAAUUAGAGGAAUUAUUGAUAAAGACAAAGAAGGAAAAGCCUACAUUCAUUCCAUACUUCAUCGCUGCGAAUAAGGAGCUCCCAGGCAAAUUUUUGUUGGGCUAUCAGCCCCGAGCUAAGCCAAGAGUUGAGUACGUAACCGUGACACCAGAAGGUUUCAGAUAUAGAGGUCAGAUAUUCCCUUCAGUCAAUGGCCUUUUCCGAUGGUUCAAAGACCACUACCAAGACCCUGUACCAGGUAUUACCCCUAGUAGCAGCAGUAGAACUAGGACUCCGGCCUCCAUGAGUGCCACUCCUGCCAAUAUUAAUCUUGCAGAUCUGACCCGUGCUGUGAAUGCUCUACCGCAAAAUAUGACCUCCCAAAUGUUUAACGCUAUUGCUGCAGUUACUGGACAUGGGCAAAAUCCCAAUGCCACACCAGCUCAAUGGGCAUCCAGUCAGUAUGGUUAUGGUGGCGGCAGUGGAGGUGGGAGCAGUGCUUAUCAUGUUUUUGCGACUCCAGCACAGCAGCCUAUGGCUACACCUCUGAUGACCCCCAGCUACUCUUAUGCUACUCCCAGCCAACCUAUUACAACACCACAGUACCAUCAACUACCGCCAAAUGCUACACCAACCCCCGCACCACCCACACCACAAUCCUCUCAUUCGCAAAGUUCAUCAACAUCAAGUUCCCGACACAGGCAGCAAUCCAAAACUAGUAGUCAGACCCCCAUUGAUUGGGGCAAAAUGGCUGAACAGUGGCUGCAUGAAAAAGAGGCAGAGAGGCGAAAACAGAAGCAGCGGUUAACCCCUCGUGCAUCUCCAAGUCCUAUGAUAGAGAGUACACCCAUGUCCGUCGCAGGGGAUGCCACGCCACUACUGGAUGAAAUGGACCGAUGAGUGCAGGAGAUGGGAAACCAACUCAAAGGACACUUGAGAACAUCACUUUGCCCAUUUUACUUUUGACAGUUGUACAAAAAGGUUCCCAAACUGGCAGUGGAGGUUGGUUAUGUCUGAUAUAUCCACUGACCACCAUGGGAAGAUUGGACCUUUCCAGUGUAAUGCUCGAUUUAAAGUGCUUGAAAUCAUGCUUUAGCACCAAGCAUCAAUAUCAGAUUGUGUUUAUAUUAAAAUGAAAGUGUUGGUUUACUUCCAAGAAGAGAGGUAAAAGUGCUAAGUUGACCUCAGUAGAAAAACAGUUAUGUUUUUAUGGGCUAUGUUUUAAACAUAAAUGGGGUUCACUGUUCUUUUUAAAUUGCAUAUUCUGCCAAAGAAUGCAAAAUAAAAUGAGAGGUCUGAAGCUAAGAUCUCAUUUCUGUAAUAUGACGUCGACUGGCUGGAGCCAUUUUAUAUGGAUACAUGGAACUAAAGGGGAGCAUUAAGCGACUGGGGUCGGACAAUAAGCGACUGGGGACAGACAAUAUAGUCUCUUCUCGGAAUAUCCUCUUAAAAAAAAAAAAAAAAAUACGGAGGAACAUGCUACAAUGUUUUAUGCAUUUGGGUAUUUAUUUUUCAUCCUUGCUCUAUUUUCAUGCUUCACUGCAAUGUGCAGCUAACUGUAAGUUUGCGACUGUGUCCCUACACAGUCUCGGUGCUUAAGUAUGAGAUGAAGCUUUGUUUUUUUUUUUCUUUUUCUUUUUUUAUGUCAUUUUCAUUGCAGUGUACAGGUAUCAUGGAUUUCUGAUGGCACCUAAAGUUAUCUUUAUUAUAACUUUUAUUUGAUUUGUUUUGGCAGCAGACAAAUAAAAUAGUGACUUCUA